AGUCCAAUACAGCACCCAACCCCCCUCCCCCCUCCACCUGCCGGUUUUCGGUUCGAAUCCAUCCAGUCGAACGGUGCUUCAAAUAUUCUCUCUGGAUCUAAUCAAGAAUUGUACCAAAAUUGAUUCACACAUCUCCGAUCUGUGAUUCGCGUUUCUUUUCCAGAUCUAACCAUGGAUUUCAUGAAAGUCAUCGAUCAAACGGUCCGCGAAAUAAAGAGGGAGGUGAAUUUGAAGGUCUUGAAAGUUCCCGAGAUCGAGCAGAAGGUGCUGGAUGCAACAGACGAUGAACCUUGGGGUCCUCAUGGUUCUGCUUUGGCAGAGAUAGCACAGGCCACCAAAAAAUUCUCUGAAUGUCAGAUGGUGAUGAAUGUUCUGUGGACAAGAUUAAGUGAAACUGGACGGAACUGGCGCUAUGUCUACAAGGCAUUGGCUGUUAUAGAGUAUUUGGUGGCUAAUGGAUCUGAACGUGCAGUUGAUGACAUAAUAGAACACACAUAUCAAAUUUCAUCACUGGCAGGUUUUGAGUAUGUUGAGCCAAGUGGGAAGGACUUGGGGAUCAAUGUCAGAAAGAAGGCUGAAAGUAUUGCGGCUCUACUGAAUGAUAAAGAUAAGAUACAAGAAGCUAGAAACAAAGCUGCUGCGAACCGUGAUAAGUAUUUUGGACUUUCAUCUACUGGAGUAACAUAUAAGUCAGGUUCAGCGUCAUUUACUAGUAGCAGCAGUAGCUUUCAGAGUAGCGAUCACUAUGGAGGUUUUAGUGGUAGAAAAGACAGUGACGCGUAUAAAGAUAAUUACCAGGACAGGGAUCAAUUUAGUGAAGAAAAAUUUGGCCAGAGUUCUUAUACCAAGUCACAUGGAGUGACUACCAGUGACAAGCAAGGCAACACCUCGAAGUUGGGAUCCAUACACUAUGGCAGCAAGGGUCAAGGUACUUCAGCAUUUGGUGCAUCAAGGCCCACAACAGCACCUGGCGAUUCGAAGCAUGGUUCAGUUCCUGAACAAAGCUCAAGUUUACCAUCAAAUGGUUAUGAUGAUGACUUUGAUGAUUUUGAUCCCCGGGGAACUUCCACUACCAAACCUGCAGCUGGGAAUCCUAUUGAAGUGGAUCUGUUUGGAGAAAGUUUGGUUGGUGAUCUCAUGGAUGCCCCAUCCGCUCCCAAAGAAAUAUCUACCGUAAAUAUGAAUUCAUCAGAGGCUGAUCUAUUUGCUGAUGCAGCUUUUGUAUCAGCGCCAGCCAAUGUAGAAGCAGGGGGAACUUCUGAGGCCAAGACUAUGGUUGAUCUAUUUGCUUCACAACCCGCAUCCUCUCCUGCUGCUUCUUCAACAAUUGACUUUUUCGCUGCUCCUGAACCAGUUGUGCAACCUGGGAAAAUUGCUUCAAUACCUGAUCCGGUGAAUGCUAAUGUUGUUGAUCCCUUUGCUGCAGUCCCACUGAACAAUUUUGAUGGGUCUGAUCUUUUUGGUGCAUUCACUUCUAAUACUGAUUUGACAUCAAAAGAGGCCACACAGAUCCCUGACAGCAGCCAAAAUAACUUGAAUGCAAAGUCUUCAGUGGAGUCUAAGCCUCCACCCAAGAAGGACACGUUCCAAGUAAAAUCUGGAAUUUGGGCUGAUACUUUGAGCCGUGGACUCAUUGAUCUGAAUAUAUCUGCUCCCAAGAAGGUAUCCCUUGCAGAUGUCGGCGUUGUGGGUGGGCUGAGCUAUGGAUCGGAUGAGAGGGAGAAGGCACCCUCAACUUCAUUUUACAUGGGCAGAGCCAUGGGUGUAGGGUCUGGCCUUGGUAGGCCUGGAGUUUCACCAUCAACUGGGACAGCAGCAUCAAAUGACUUUUUCUCAAACUUCGGCAACCAACAAUAGCAACCUCUGGUGGCUUCAAAAAGUAAUAUUGCCCCAUUUCCUGGUUUGAUUUUCUCCUGGUAUCUUUUGAGUGGCACAAAAUUGGAAGGCCAUUGAAUAUAUUUAGGGUGUCUGUCCAUGCAUGCAUCCUUUUGAUGUGUUUGUUUGUCUGUCAGAUGCGUAUGUAAUGUGGAUGACAACCAUUCUGAAAAUUGUUAGCAUAUGUCCCCAGAGGACAAUUGAGGUGUUUUCUGAACAACCAGCCUUCAUAUAAAUCGCGCUCUCUCUCCAUCUCCCUCUCAAUUUUUCUUUUGUUUGUGUGUGUUUUUCUCCCUACUUUGGAUUUGUUGAUCAUUUUCAACCGACCUUUGUAAUGCAUGUUUACAUUUUUCA